UUUGGUCAAAUGAUUCACUUGAUAUUCCAUUGCUUAAUCAUGUCCUUAAUUCAAUUCAACUAUAAAUCGCUAGUUGUUUGUUUUGAUUUUCGUAAACAUUCUAUGUGAUUAGGGAACUCCCGUUCGAUAUGCUUCGAUAUGUUUUCAUUGAUUCGCAUUUGCCAUUUCUCGAUUGCGAUGACGUCGAUCUGGUUUUGUGGAGAGAUGUUUCUCGUGCCUCUUGUUGUUUUCGGCCAGCAUUGACGCAUAGCGAUAAACAGUCUGCUACAAAUGUUUCUUAUUUUUUUUUGGGACUGUUUUCAUAACAAUAUCAUCAGUGAUUUGCAUACACACACAUGUCGAAGACUGGUUUCCUCGUCAGCUUAUCACGCUCCGGCCGCAUGAUGAUGAUGUUGUUUGCCGAUUGCCGAUUCCCCAACUAGAUCAGCGGUUGGGGUAUAAAAGCGAUUAGCAGCAGCCGCCUUGAACACACAACCAAAUCGGCACGAUACGUGGCUAAAACCAAAACCAUAACCAACAAGGCUCCUCAACUUUUUUCCAUAACGUGAAAAAACAAAUGUGUCAAUGAAGACACCAGAUACCAAAGCGAAGCUUUUAAAUAAUAUAAGUCUCUCUAAACAUCUAUCCUCCAAAAAGGGUUCACGCACCAGCAACUGCGGCAAUCGUCUGGAAUUCUCCGUGCUCACACUUUUAACCAACGUGCCCUGA